AUGAAGGGCACAAAGAGCACGCCUAUAGCCAUCAUUGGCAUGGCCUGCCGGUUCCCUGGGCAGGUCGACACACCAGAAAAGCUGUGGGAUGUUUGCGCCUCCGCUCGCAACACAUGGUCAGAAUGGCCAAAGCCACGUCUCAACGAGCGUGUUUUCCAUCACCCACAAGCAGAGCAUCUCGGAACUUUUCACAGCCGUGGAGGUCAUUUUCUUGACCAAGAUCCAUCCCUUUGGGAUGCAUCAUUCUUCAACUUCACUGCAGACAUGGCAAAGGCCAUGGACCCCCAGGUUAGAAUUCUGUUAGAGACCGCGUUCGAGGCCUUUCAAACGGCGGGAUUGCCACUAGAGAAGGUUGCUGGAUCUCAAACAGCAGUGUUUGCUGGGUCCAUGUUUCGGGAUUACCACGAUUUAUUAAUGAAAGACACUGAGAAUCUGCCUCGGUACCAUGUCACCGGCAAUGCCGCAGCUUUCACAGCCAACAGACUCUCUCACUUCUUUGACCUGAGAGGUCCGAGUAGUAUACGCACUGGCGAAUCCAAGAUGGCAGUAGUGGGUGGUGCCAACCUCAUACUGCACCCCGGGUCAUCCAUGAGCCUUUCGAAUUUGGGACUCACUGGUCAUGAUGGCAAGUCCUAUAGCUUCGACGCCCGUGCUCAGGGGUAUGGGCGUGGAGAGGGCAUAGCCUGCCUUGUGCUGAAACCCCUAGAAGAUGCGAUCCGCGACGGUGAUCCAAUUCGCGCGGUGAUACGCGAAACGGGAAUGAACCAAGAUGGGCGGACGCAAACCAUUACAACACCGUCGCCAAAGGCUCAAGAAGAACUCAUUCUGAGCUGCUAUGACCGAGCUGGUCUUGACCCAAAAGACACCACUUACGUUGAAGCACAUGGUACGGGGACUAUUGCCGGCGAUAGGAUCGAACUCGGGGCACUUGGAGCUAUAAUUGGCAAGGGAAAGUCGGCCGACGACCCGUUGUACGUUGGGAGCGUCAAAGCCAACUUCGGCCACACUGAAUCUACCAGCGGCCUUGCAGCGGUCAUUAAAGUUGCCAUGAUGCUGGAACAGGGCCAAAUACCUCCCCAGGCUCUCUUUGAGAACCACAACCCUCGGAUUGACUUCAAGGCUCUGAACAUCAAGAUUCCCACUGAAUUGACACCAUGGCCGGAAAACAAGCUACGCAGGGUGUCAAUCAGCAACUUUGGGGCAGGUGGUGCAAACACCCAUGUAAUCAUUGAAGAUGCUCGAUAUUUCCUUUCCGUUACCAGAGAAGCAAAUGGUUCAGCAGCAAACCAGGAUUCUGAACAUACUAAUGACCACGUGGAUGAGACUUCACAAACUCCGCCAACAACGCCCACGAGAACAAAGUUGUUCGAAGAAAGCUUGAGCAGUGGCCAUAGGCUUGUCACCGAUCUUCAGCUGAAUGGAGUCCCGGACACCCCUCCUAAAUCCCCCGUCAAAGCGGCAAAUCAUGACGAUGUUAUUGCUGCAAUAACAUCAUCGUCAACGAUCGUAACUUUGAGUGCGAGAGACGAAACGAGCCUACGGAACUAUGUAUCCAAGUUGGCGGACUUUCUGGAUAACGCUGACCCCACUUGGACCCUUUUAGAUUUGGCAUACACGCUGAAUCAAAAACGGUCGCACUUCCCCUGGAGAGUCGCAGCUCAAGGCUCGACGAUUUCCGAGCUGCGAGAUACUUUCAGAACUGGGCCUCUGAAGCCUCUUAAUGCGUCGCAGGUUCCUCGGCUAGGCUUCGUCUUCACGGGGCAAGGCGCUCAGUGGUAUGCCAUGGGCCGGGAACUCAUCUACACCUAUCCUACAUUCGCAGAAACCAUGAAAAAGGGCGGCGACUUUAUGCGUUCAUUGGGAGCACAGUGGGAUCCCAUCGAGGAACUCAGCAGGUCUAAGGAGGAUACCAAACUAAACCAUCCUUAUCUAAGCUUUCCUAUGUCAGUUCUCUUGCAGCUUGCUUUGGUUCAGCUACUACAGUCUUGGGGGAUAUCUCCGACUGCCACGACAGGCCACUCCAGUGGUGAGAUUUCUGCAGCAUACGCUGCUGGAGCUCUGAGCUUCGAACAAGCGCUCGCCGUCGCAUACAUCAGAGGUCGAUUAACGUCCGACUUUGUGGAGUCCGGUGCUGCCAAGGGGGGCAUGAUGGCUGUGGCGACCAGCAAGGAGAAGGCGACCGAAUACAUCCAAGCUGUGCAAACUAAUGGCACUGCAGUCAUUGCCUGUAUUAACAGUCCUUCCAGUAUCACCAUUUCAGGAGACCUUGGUACUUUGGAGAGAAUAGAAGCUGCCGCAACUGCUGAUAACAUCCUUGCGCGGCGACUGAAAGUUCCAGCAGCCUAUCAUUCUGCUGAAAUGGAGGCGUUGGCCGAGUCCUACCUAAAUGCUCUCAACCCUCACUUCGAGGGUGAAAGCCCGUCUUCCUUUACCGCUACGUUCUCGUCACCGGUCACAGGAGCUCUUGUGGAAGGCCUUGCAGUUCUGUGCGAUCCUAGUCACUGGGUACGAAACAUGGUCCAGCCUGUGCUUUUCGACGACAGUUUAAGUGCUAUGAUCACCAGCAACGGGUCUGCCAAGGCUAGGAACAAGAGCUCCAACGUUGAUAUCCUCGUUGAACUUGGGCCUCAUGGCACUCUUCAGGGACCUAUUCGCCAGAUUUUGGACGGUAUGGGCUUGCAAGCCAUGAAGUCAAACGUCACAACAUGUCUCAAGAGAGGAGAGGAUGCGGCCAGGACAGUCAAAGAACUGGCUAUGUUGCUUCACUGCAAAGGGUCCCGCGUGGACUUGGAAAAAAUAAACUUCCCAGCCAAGCAGGGAGCAUUUACAGUGAUACGGGACCUACCUGUCUACCAGUGGAAUCACUCGGUGAGCUAUUGGGACGCUCCGAUAUCCACCAAUGACUACCUUCAGAGAAACCAUGCGCGCCAUGACCUCCUUGGAGUACGGGUGCAGGGUUUGAAUCCAGAACAGGCGAUAUGGCGAAACACGAUCCGUCUCUCAGAUCUUCCAUGGCUGCAGCACCAUGUAGUGCAGUCAGAGAUCUUGUACCCUGCCGCAGGGCUCAUGGUAAUGGUUGCGGAGGCUAUGCGUCAACUCAACCCACUGGCAGACGAAAUGGAAAAUGGGUAUCGCCUAAGCGAAGUCGACCUUUCAAAAGCCGUCAUCAUUCCUAACUCACAAGAUGCUUUGGAAAUCCAACUGGUAAUCCGAAGCUCGUCCUCCCAAAUAUCGACUGAGGAAGAAAUCAGAGAGUUUGUAUUCUACAGCCGCAAUCGUAGCGGCGACUGGACGAAGCAUUGCCAAGGAAAGGUCUCCAAAGCACCAAGCCAACUAAAAUCUUCCCCUGCCCCGGGGCUUGGCCUGGUACCAAUGGAUCUUGGGCAUUUCUAUAACUUUGUCGAGAGAACGGGUCCCACGCUGGGGCAACCUUUCCGGAAUGUUACCAAGUUGGCGGGUGGAGGACGUGCUGCAGAGGCGACAAUUACUGUGCCCGACAACUUGGCGAUGAUGCCGUACGCACAUCAGUCCGACAAUUUCAUCCAUCCCACUACUCUAGAUGCUUGUUUCCAUCCAGCAUGGGCAACAUUACCCGAGGCGAUUGCCCGAAAGCUCGGGCUCUCAGUUCCAAGGAGUAUCGAGAACCUCUUCAUCAGCCCCAACGUCCCAUCUACGCCAGGGGCUGAGCUUGGACUAACAGUAUCGCUCGAGGAAGCGAGUCACGAGAGUUUCAAGGUCUCAAUAUCCCUCUUUCUCAGCGAAGACCCCAUUAGAGCUCCCAUUGUCCAAAUUGACGGGCUACAAAUGGUGUCAAUCGCCCCUAACCCCGGUCCUUCUCCAACAGACGAUCUUAUGCUCCUCGAAACUGUGUGGCAACCGAGUCUAGACCUUUUGUCUGCAGGGGACCUUCAAAAUCGCAUUACCGAAGCCCCAAGCCCCACAGAGGUCAUCGUUUUCGAUGAACUCCAGACGGCCACAGUCAAUGUCAUACACGACGCACUCCAGCAGCUGACCCCCGAGGUCGAGAACAACCUCGAAUGGCACCUCAAGAAGUACGUGUCAUGGAUGCGCGCCCAGGACAAAGAGUUCUACGCAGCGAGGGCCAUACAAGAUCCACAGACAAAACUCGACCUCUACAGUAGAGUAACGCCCUCUUGUGUCAAUGGGCGUAUGCUGGACUUGGUUGCCAAGAACCUACCCAACUUCCUGACGAAGGAGGCGGAUCCCCUGGAGGUCAUGGCCAAAGACGGGUUUCUCUCGGAAUACUACGCGAACAUGAUCAAGCUCACGCGGUGCUUGAAUCACGUGGAGAAGUAUGUUAAGCUGUUCGCGCACCAAAAUCCUGGUGCCCGUAUCCUGGAAAUAGGCGCGGGUACCGGCUCCUGCACCGAGCCGGCUCUCCGGGGAUUGUCCGAAAACAGCGAUGAGGGCGCUUUGCUAGCCGAGAAAUAUGUCUUCACGGACGUGUCUGCCGGCUUCUUUGAGGCAGCUGGUAAGCGGUUCAAGCCGUUUGCCAGCCAAAUGCAGUUCCAGAAGCUCGACAUCGAGCGCGAUCCAUUGGAACAGGGCUUUGAGGCAGGGGACUAUGAUCUUGUAAUAUCUUGCAACUGUCUCCAUGCGACCACUAGCCUUGACCAGACGCUCAAGAAUGUCAGGAAGCUCAUGAAGCCGGGUGGAAAACUACUACUACUUGAGACGACAACCCCACAUCUGGAUCAAAGUCUCACAUUCGGACUAUUCGCCGGAUGGUGGCUCAGUGAAGAGCAAGAGCGGAAAGACUCGCCACUUCUGAGUGCUCCUCGGUGGAGUGGUUUCUUGGCAAAUGCUGGCUUCAGUGGUGUUGAUGUUGCUUUGGGCGAUGCUGGCAGUGCUGAUGUCUCAAACUACUCGGCAAUGGUCGCGACUGCUUUUGAGCAACCGGCUGUAAACGGUGCUUGGCACCCAAAGAGCAUAUCUUUACUUCGGUUGUCUUCAGUCACACCUACGUCUUCGGAAAAAUCUCUGGACCUCCUCAAGGAUUCGGUCGCUGCUUCUACCGGGGCCGAUGUGUCGGUUAUCGAGAUUGGGCAGCCAAUACCCAAGGACACACAGUGUGUUUGCAUUGUGGCCUUGGACAGUGAUGUGCUAGCCACUAUGACAGCACAAGUCUUUGACCAACUGAAGCAGGCACUGCUGCAGACGGAAAAGGUUCUCUGGAUAUCUGCAGGUGCUACACACGAUACCAUUGCCCCAGCGGCCGCGCUGCAUACUGGUCUGCUCAGAACACUGCGAAUGGAACACGGCGUGGAGAAGUAUACAUCAUUCGACUUGGAUACAAACCUGGACAUUGCGCAUCCAGACGCGAUCAGCGGAAUCUGUAAAGUGCUUGGUCUUAUGGAGUCACGAGAACAGGACGACCCGGACUACGAGCUUGCCCAGAGGGAAGGAGAAAUAUUGCUGCCUCGGCUACGUAGAAGUACGUCUCUCAUCAGAGAGCUGGCUAGACUUCAGGAACAAGAGGUCGAUAUUAAUGGACAAGAAAUUGCUGAGGCGCGGCCAAACACCAUCGAGCUUGAUUCUCGAGCAGCAUACCUAGUGAUAGGGGGACUGACAGGCGUUGGUCGCGAGAUUCUCCGAUGGCUGGCGUACAGGGGAGCGAAAAAUCUUGUUCUAGUGUCCCGCAGUGCCGGCCAGAAGAACACGGAAGAACUCCAAGCUGAAAUGCGAAGGAUGGGAGUUAAGCUGAUCCCUUGCGCCUGCGAUAUAUCCAACCAAACAGACUUGGAAAGAUUUAUUGGCCUAUGCAGAGCAUUCAUGCCGAUCCGAGGAGUGAUCAACUCUUCCCUUGCUCUAGAGGACUCGGCUUUCGACAGCAUGACUUUAGACCAGUGGAACGUGCCCCUCGGGGCCAAAUACCACGGCACAAGAAACCUGGAUGGCCUGUUCCGAGGUUCUGAUCUUCAGUUUUUCAUUAUGCUGUCAUCCGUGACGGGAGUCCUCGGAAGCCACGGCCAGGCCAACUACACGGCAGGGUCGACAUACCAAGACGCCAUCGCGCGAAGCCGGGUCGCCAGGGGACUUCCUGGGGUUUCCAUCGACCUUGGUACCGUCUUAGGCGCAGGCUAUGUUGCAAGGACCGAGGGCGUCGCUGAGCGCGCUGGGAAAGCGGGUUGGAGAGCACACACCGUUGCCGAGGUGCUCCGGCUCGUGGAGCUCGCCAUGUGCAACCCUCGGCAGCGCGAGAUUGUCGCAGGCGUCGCAGGCUGGACAGCGCCAGAGCAUGUAGCGUGGCGAAACGAGAGGCGGUUCACAGCAUUACCGAUCCGGGUUGGUGACGACUCCUCACGCGCGCCGGCCAAGGACACGAAUGUGGCAUCGUUGAGAGACCGCCUGAAGGGCGCGACCCUGGACUCAGCGCCGAUUAUUCUGGCCGACGCACUCACGAUCCGGCUGGCGGACAUGUUUGUGAUCCCGGCCUCCGACAUCAACCAGAGCCAGCCGCUGUCAGCGCUCGGCGUUGACUCCUUGGUUGCAGUUGAGCUGCGCAAUUGGCUCUCGUCGAAUGUGGCUUCGACGGUCACUAUCUUUGACGUGACGCAGAGUAGCAGUCUCUUUGAGCUUGCUGAGAAGGUCGCCGUCAAAUCCCAAAAAGGAUCAUGA